AUGAAAACUCAGGAGUGUCCUGUCUGCAGGAGAAGAUCCUCAAAAGAUCGGCCUCCUGCUAAUCUUGCGCUAAAAAACUUAUGUGAGUCAUUCCUGAAGGAGAGAAAUGAGAGGCGUUCAUCAAGAUCUGAGGAGAUCUGCAGUUUACACAGUGAGAAACUCAGACUCUUCUGUCUGGAGGACAAACAGCCUGUGUGUUUAGUGUGCAGAGAUUCACAGAAACAUGUCAGUCACACAUUCAGACCCAUCAGUGAAGUGGUUUCAUCAUAUAAGGUGAAGCUCAAUACAGCAAUGAAGUCUUUACAAGAGAAACUUCAACAAAAAGAAAAAAUUAAAGGAGGGUUUGAAAAAACAGUUCAACACAUCAAGUCUCAAGCUGAGCACACAGUGUGUCAGAUUAAACAGCAGUUUGAGAAGCUUCAUCAGUUUCUCAGAGAUGAAGAAGAAGCUACAAUCACUGCACUGAGGGAGGAAGAGGAGCAGAAGAAGCAGAUGAUGAAGGAGAAGCUGGAGGAGAUGAACAGACACAUCUCAGCUGUUUCAAACACAAUCAAAGACAUGGAGGAGAUGAUGAAAGCCAAUGACGUCUGCUUUCUGAAGAAGUUUCCAGUCUCAAAGGAAAGAGUCCAGAGCUCACAGCCGGAUCCACAGAUGGCUUCUGGAGCUUCAAUUCAUGUGCCACGUUACUUGGAAAACCUGCUGUUCAGAGUCUGGAAGAAGAUGGAGGACAUUGUCCAAAACACUCCUGUGAUUCUGGAUCCAAACACUCCAGAUCCAGAUCUUGUCCUGUCUGAUGAUCUAACCGGUGUCAGAGACAGCUCAUAUCAACCUUUUACAGAUAAUCCAGAGAGAUUUGACAGCCUGUGCUUAUGUUCUGGGUUCAGAUACUGAAUGCUGAAGUCUUGGAGUAACUGCAGCAACAAACCAAAGGAGUGGAUAUGAUUUAUUUAUCACUGAUGUCUGGAGCUUGUGAGAGUGCAUCUGGACUAUGAGAGAGGAACGGUGUCAUUCUCUGAUCCUGUAACUAACACAUAUCACACAUCUACACAAAUUCUCAACCACCUUCACUGACACUGUCUUUCCAUUCUUUAAUAGUGUUUGUCCUCUGAGGAUCUUACCAUUCAGUAGUCAGUAAACAUUACUCCUGUAGGUCUGGAUCUUCCUACUUUUAUCAUCAUACCAAUUUUUAAUCCAUAU